GUAGAUACUGAUAGGAGUUUCAUAUCACCACCACGCACUGCCUAAAUGUGGAUGUUCUUCUGUAGCAGAACCGCAGGGGAUCUUGAAAAACAUUUCUUAAAACGACGACUCUGGGAAGAAAAAACUCUAGAGAUAGCCUGCCUACACACAAAACUGAAAACAUUCGUUUGGGAAUUUGAAGGACCCAAGGCAAGUACGUUUCUGCAAGUAUGUGGAUUUUGCGUGAUAAGUGUGCUACCUCAGAUGCGAGUUAAGUAAUGGCUGAGACUGAGAAGUUGGAGGAGUGUUCAAACCAGGUGAAGAGGAAACGCAGUCCCUCACCAACAAUAGGGGAGUCAGCUGCUGAUACUUUCAAAAAGUCUGUCCAGCCAGCUUCCGUCUCGUCCUCCAUUACAGCUGAAACUGGAGGAGUUGUUGUGUCCCCAAAUCUUGCCGGCAAUAUCAUCCAUGGACCAGUAUCCAUUCAGGUUUUUUCAGGAUCUGCUGGAGCAACUUCUGCACAGAAAGAGGAUGUUCGUUCUUCCGUGUCAUGUGAUGCAAAGACAGAUGAUGUCAUUAUUAAGAGCAUCAGUGAUCGAACCAAGAGGAGACUUAAGAGUACAGAGUACCUGUUUGAAGGUACUGAAGUGCGGAGAAAAGAAAAACUCUGUGAGGUCUACACGGAACUCUGUAUCACAGAUGGAGUGAGCGAUGAGGUGAAAACUCAACAUGAGUUGCGACAGAUGGAAGUACAGUUUCAAAGGGAAAGAUUUGCACAAGCUGCCAUCAACUACAAUGACAUUUUCAAACUCUCUGCUGAACCUGGAGAACACAUUAGAACUGUCAUGACCAAAGGGAUUGCUGGCAUUGGCAAGAGUGUAACAGUGCAGAAGUUCAUUCUGGACUGGAGAGAAAAAAGAGCCAAUCGAGAUGUGGAUUUUAUCUUAAUGCUUCCUUUCCGUGAACUGAAUUUGUUCAUCGAUGACCAGUACAGUCUGCAUGGUCUGCUCUGCGAGUUUCACCCUGAGCUACGGAAUAUCCCCAAUGUGGAGUUGUUCGACAAAGCCAAGAUAAUAUUAAUCUUUGAUGGUCUAGAUGAGAGUAAAUUUUGUUUAAAUUUCAAAGGGAAGGGGUCUUUGUCAAGCAUUACAGACACAUCAUCGGUGUGCAUGCUGAUAGUCAACCUCCUGAAGGAGAAUCUACUGCCCUCCGCCUCCAUAUGGAUCACGUCCCGUCCAGCUGCUGCCCACCAGAUUCCUCCUGAGUAUAUUGACCGAUGGACGGAGAUCCAGGGCUUUAAUGAUGAACAGAAGGAGCAGUACUUCAGAAACAAAAUCAAAGAUGGACCGGAAGCCGACAGGCUCAUGAAACAGAUUAAGGCUUCCAGGAGCCUCUACAUCAUGUCUUCCAUACCUGUAUUCUGCUGGAUUUUAGCAACUGUGAUCUUAAGAACGGGGACCAAAGGCAAGCAAGCGAUUCCCCAAACACUUACUGAACUUUUCGCUCACUUUCUUCUGAUUCAGCUCACAAGGACGGAGCAGAAGAAUGAGGAUCCUGAUGACAAAGAUGUAAGACAGGUCCUGAAUUCCAACAAAGAUGUAAUCUUAAAAUUGGCAGAGUUGGCAUACAGAGAGCUGGAAAAGGAUAAUGCACUGUUUUCCGAGGAGAACUUGAAAGAUUGCAGAAUCGAUAUCCAAGACCUGGAGAAAUCCGGUAUGUGCACAGAAGUGUUUGUCUCAGAAACUGUGAUCCUCCAGAAGAAAGUGUUCAGCUUCGUACACUUGAGCAUCCAGGAGUUUCUUGCAGCUCUGUUUGUGUUUUACUCAUUCUCCACUGGCAACCUGGAGGUGCUGAAGUCCUUUGCCAUGGAAGGACAGCAGCUGCAUGACCUGCUGGAGAGCGCAGUCAGGAAGUCCCUUCAGAGCCAGAAUGGACAUCUGGACCUUUUCCUCCGAUUCCUUCUUGGCCUAUCUCUGGAAUCCAACCAGAAGCUCCUUAAAGGACUGCUCAUGCACACUCAAGAAAACUCAGGGAGCAUCAAGAGGACCGUCCAGUACAUCAAAAAUACCAUCAACAGGCACAACCAGUCCACAGAGAGAUGCAUGAACCUUCUCCUCUGUCUGCUGGAACUGAAGGACCGCUCUCUGCACGAGGAGGUGCAACGGUAUGUGGAGUCAGGGGAACUGCUCUCUCCUGCCAUUUGCUCCACCCUGGCCUACAUACGUCUGGUGUCAGAGGAUACCCAGGAGAUGUUUGACUUGACGAAGUACAAUACGACAGAUAAGGGACGCAUGAGACUGGUCAUCGCUGUCAGGAGUUGCAGAAAGGCUCGGCUUGUCCACUGUGGUCUUACCAAAGACUCGUGUGAAACUAUAUCAUCUGCUUUGAAGUUAGAGGGCUCUCAGCUGAUGGAGGUCGAUCUGAGUUACAACGCGGUGGGAGACUCUGGGGUGAGCAUGUUACUGGAGGGGUUGACUGACCGAAACAGCAGACUGCACACUUUGAGGAUGGCGAGCUGUGAUCUAACAGGAAGUACUUGCAGGUCUCUAGCAUCAGCCCUUCAGCUCGCGGAGUCACAUCUGAGAGAGCUGGACCUGACCAACAACGACCUGACCGAUUCAGGUGUAGCAGAGUUGUACUCUGCAUUGUGCCACCAGGAUUGCAAACUCAAGACAUUGAGACUUGCACAGUGCAACCUCACAGGAGACUCUUGUGUGAAGCUGGCUUCAGCUCUGCGAUCGGCACAUUCCACCAUUUUGGAGCUGGACCUGUCCAAUAACGACCUGGGUGACUCGGGAGUUGAGGGGUUGUGUGCGGCACUGGGUGACCUGAACUGCAAACUGGAAAUGCUGAAGCUCUCCGGUUGUCUUGUCACAGAGAAGGGUUGUGGCUUCCUGUCCUCAGCUCUCAGACAAUGUCCUUCCCGCCUCAGAGAACUGGACCUGAGCUACAAUUACCCAGGAGACACUGGAUGCCUGAAGGACAAAGAGUGCCACCUAGAAAAACUGAAUGUGGAUCAUAAUGACGGUUGCUGGCUGAAACCAGGUCUACAGAAAUAUGCCUGGGAGCUCACACUGGACAUCAACACGGUCCACCCCGAGGUGCAGCUCAGCGACGGGAACAGGACGCUGACACAUGUGGACAAGGAGCAGCCGUACCUUGACCACCCGGAGCGGUUUGACCACUGCCCCCAGGUGCUGUGCACCGAGGGCCUCAGGGGACGCCACUACUGGGAGGCCGAGUGGAGCGGCGGCGAGGCCGUCAUCGGCGUGGCCUACCGGAGCAUCCGCAGGAAGAUGUGGGGCGCCGACUGCAAGAUCGGACUGGACGACAAGUCGUGCGGCCUGUGGUGUGAAGGUGGGCGGUACUCCAUGAGGCAUAACAAGAACAAAACGAUCAUACCCCCACCGGCAUCCUCCUCCUCCUCCUCCUCCAACCCCACCCAUUCCAAGAGAGUGGGAGUGUAUCUGGACUGGCCCGCCGGAACCCUGUCCUUCUUUAGUGUCUCGUCCGGAAGACUCGUCCACAUGCACACCUUCUACUCCACGUUCACCGAUCCCCUCUACCCGGGGUUCUGGGUCCACGUCGAUUCCUCCGUGUCCCUGUGCCAGGUCACAUGAUGCCCACAGCCACUAGUUGGGUUCAUCCAAAUCUGGAUGCCUGUAGCAGCACGGUAAUACAUCACAUCAUAAAAAAAAAAAAUCCAUCAUGGGACGAUUACCCUGUUUUUGGACCUUUUAGACCUUUUUUAUGUUUGGACCAUUUACCAGUGGGGAUGUCGAUACAACAAAAACUGUGGUUAAAACAUGGACCAAAUAAUCAUGUGAAGGAGUUUUGACACUCCUUAUUGUAUAGUUAUGUAAGUGUGUGCAUAAAUAACAGUACAAUAAUUUAAAGGUUGUAUUCAUUAGGUGUUUUUAAUAUUUGUUUAGUUUGUUCUUGGUUUUAUCUUAGAUGGGACUCUUGAGGUCCACACAAGUUGCAUGUCUGCACUGGCUCCCUGGUUCAUCUACUUUACAUUCAUUCACCCACCCUGUAGCUGCCUUGCUGACCUAGCUGUUGGCUGCAGCAACUCAAGCUAGGUAGCACCAAUUUCCGUUUUAUUUUUCAUACCAACAUUACUCUGUGACCUCGAGAACAGAGAUCACUAGAUUUCUCCUUUAAGUGUCACCUGUAUCCAAAAAUGUUAUAUUUUAUGAAUGUAUUGGUUUUUUUUUAUCUGCACUGUAUAGUAUUUUGUUUUAGAUAAAGUAUUUGGUAGUAUAUAUUUUAUAAUACAGCAGUUCGUUUUGUACCUAGUUUAGCAUUUAGUUUAAUUUUGUAAUAUAUGGCCUGUGUGGUCACGUCCUGCAGUGUGUCUUUCUCUCUUUUAUGAGACUGACUGCUCUUGUCUGAGAAAAAACACUGAACAAAUAAAUUGUAAAACUGA